AUGGCUCUUGCAAAACAGACGCUAAUUUUAAUCUUAAUUUCCGCCCACAUCAUUCUUGCAACAUGCAAGGAUGCUCAUUCUACACCUUUAGCCACACCGGAUGCGAAACCCACCAAACCGGACACCAAAAAGGAAACCAAAAAGGCCCCUUUGCCCACGCCCGAUGUGAAACCCACCAAACCGGAUACCAAAAAGGACACCAAGAAGGAAACCAAAAAGGACAGUAAGAAGGAAACCGAAAAAGACACCAAAAAGGACACCAAAAAGGAAACCAAGAAGGAUACCAAAAAGGGAACCAAGAAGGAAACCAAAAAGGACACCAAGAAGGAAACCAAAAAGGAUGAGAAGGAAACCAAAAAGGACGAGAAGGAAACCAAGCCUUCUAACCCUUCUGAAUUCUCAUUUCCUGACAUCAAAGAAGCCACUGAUAAGGCAAAAGCUGUAACCAAGCCUGAAGUGGCUAAUGUGGUGUCGAAACAAAUGCAAGCUGUGCAGAAAACUAUUGAUGAAUUCAAUGCAUCACUCAAGAAGCGAUUAGAUAACCCCAAAUCAUCACCGGGGUCGAAAGAGUGUGUUUCAGAAUGUGAUGAGGUCUUUGGGGCCGCCAUUGAUGAUAUAAUGAAGACUCUUGAUAGCCUUGAAAGCCAAAACCUUGUAAAGGCUAAUUUUGAUAUUAGUGCAGUCGCCACCAAUGUAGACACCUGCAAUGAUUGCUUUAAUGAAAUGUCUGGUGGUGAUCAAGAAGUGAAGAAGCUAGGAGAUUGGGUACGCAAGAUUACCGGGGAUGCCCUUGAGGCUCUCCAAAAAGCCACCUCUUAA